AUGAUUCUUCAGAUAAUAUCCAUCCUCGGUACCAUCUUUGGGUUCCUGUUUCUUACCCUUUCCAUUGCGUCCGGAUUAUACUACAUUAGUGAAGUUGUUGAAGAACACACGGAACCUACGAAACGAUUCCUUACCAGGGCCAUUUACACGAUUGUUAUCAUCCAAACGCUCUUAAUACUUCUGGACAAGUUCCCCUUCAAAUUGUCAUUGUUUUCCAUUGCGUCGCAUGUGCUAUACUACCAAAACUUGAAGAAAUUCCCCAUGAUUUCACUAACAGGCCCCACUUUCAUUGGCAGUUGUGUUGCCGUGGUCUUGAACCAUUACUUAUGGUUUAAAUAUUUCAACAAUCAUGAAAUUCCACCACAAUUCAGGUUUGACCCGAACUAUGUUCCGAUGAGACGUGCUAAUUUUUCCGAGGUGGCCUCCUUUUUCGCCAUUUGCAUCUGGUUCAUCCCGUUUGCCCUCUUCGUUUCGCUAUCCGCGAGCGAUUACAUCCUGCCCACUGCGAACGAGAUUGAGAACAAGAAGCAAGAUGUAGCCAUGGGCGACGCCCUGAACGAGGGCCCCAAGCUGAGAAGAAGAACCAUCGGGUUGGCGAGGAUGGUUAUCAACAAGAUCCGCCAACAGAUCUAUUCCGUGGCGAGGGUGUUCGGGUACGAGAUCGACCCUGCCUAUGGGACGUUAGCCUAG